GGUGACUUGGGAGACUGAAGCUAAACAGUUUUCUUACCGUAGCUGUUAGUAACGUGGCAUAAAGAGCCAGCCUAAGUUAUAGUUUUGGAAAUUCCUAUUUUGAAUACUCCUGUAUGAAGAUUUCGCUGUGGAACGUGAAUAAAUAUUCGUUUGUCAUCUUUUUACACCGGGGUCCCGUGGAGGUUUUUCCUUGCUAACAAGAACGUAACGUUACUGUGCGCGAGUAGUUAACUUUAGCCUUGGACCGUCGGCCCUCACAGAGCGUGUGUGCCUGAGUUUAUGUGGGUAAUGAGAUUCCAUUUGCAUUACAUCAGAGAGAACUGACAGAACCUGAAAAACAAGGCUGGUGUAAAAGUGAAGACAGACUUUUACAGUGUACCACUUUCUCACAGACAGACGCUGUAGCUACACUGGGGAACUUAUGAUAUGAUUUCACUGUGUAUCCUUCAGAUUUAUUCACUGAGCUCAGAACAGACGGAGACAGAAUGGCAUCUGGAUCUCCUUCUCUACUGGAAGAGGAGCUCUCCUGUCCUGUGUGCUCUGCAAUUUACAGGGACCCUGUUCUCCUGAGUUGCAGUCACAGCUUCUGUAAGGCCUGUCUGCAGCAGUACUGGGAUCAGAAGGGAUCUCUGGAGUGCCCAGUUUGCAGGAGAAGAUCUUCGAGGGUACAUCCCCCCAUUAGCCUGUCUCUGAAAAAUACCUGUGAGGCGUUCUUAAAGGAGAGAAGUCAGAGAGCUAAAGCAGGAUCUGAAGUGCUCUGCAGUCUGCACAGUGAGAAACUCAAAGUCUUCUGUUUGGAUGAUAAAAUACCCAUCUGUGUUGUCUGUCAAAUUUCAAAAAAACAUGAAAACCACAAAAUGCAACCAGUUCAGGAGGCUGCAGAAGAAUAUAAGGAGAAACUCAGGACUGCACUGGCUCCACUGCAGGAGAAGCUAGAAGCCUUUAAUGCAGUGAAACUAAUCUGUGAUAAAACAGCAGAGCACAUCAAGAUCCAGGCCCAGCACACAGAGAGACAGAUAAAGAUGGAGUUUGAGAACCUUCAGCAGUUCCUAAAAGAGGAAGAGGCAGCCAGGAUCACUGCGCUGAGGGAGGAAGAGGAGCAGAAGAGUCAGAAGAUGAAGGAGAAGAUUGAAAAGAUGACAGAAGAGAUAUCAUCCCUUUCAGAACAGAUCAGAGCCUUAGAACAGGAGCUGGGAGCUGAAGACAUCUCAUUCCUGCAGAGCUACAAGGACACACAAAACAGAGCCCAGUGCACCCUGGGGGAUCCAGAGACGGUCUCAGGAGCGCUGAUUGAUGUGGCCAAGCACCUGGGCAAUCUGAAGUACAGAGUGUGGGAGAAGAUGCUGGGGACUGUUCAAUACACUCCUGUGACUCUGGACCCAAACACAGCACAUCCCAAACUCUCACUGUCUGAGGAUCUGACCAGUGUGAGACGCAGUGGUGAGAGACAGCAGGUUCCUGAUAAUCCAGAGAGAUUUGAUCCGUGGGGGUGUUUGCUGGGCUCUGAGGGAUUCAGCUCAGGGAGACACUGCUGGGAUGUAGAAGUGGGGGGUGUGGACUGGCGGGUGGGUGUGGUUAAAGAGUCCAUCAGCAGGAAAGGGCAUGUGGAUGUGAGCCCAGCAGGAGGAGUGUGGAGUGUAAAGCUAUUCAAAGGGGAAUACAUAGCCCUGACCUCCCCACUCACACGCCUCACUGUGCAGAGGAACCUCCAGAGGGUCAGAGUGCAGCUGGACUGGGACAGAGGGGAGGUGUCAUUCUCUGACCCCAGUGACAACACUCCUCUCUACACUUUUAAACACUCCUUCACUGAGAGACUGUUUCCAUUCUUUGUGGGGACUGUGAGGAUCUGCCCACUGAAGGUGUCUGUAUGUGUAAAAUAGCACUGUGGCAUUGUUUGUAAACAUCACUUGAAGUCAAAGGACUGUAUUUGAUCAACUCAGAGCAGGUUUACUACAAAUGUUAAAAACAAAAACACAUCAUUACAAAAUAUUGUCUUAUUUGAAAUGUCAAUACAAACAUUGUAUUGUGCUUGAUGAGAAAUGUCUAAUCUCUCUGAUAUAACCUCAGAAUGUUAUUACUGGGUUAUUCCUGUGGUAUAUGGUGGUAUUGUAAGUACACUGGUGUGUGUGUGUAAUGAGUUGGGGUGUAAUAAA